CCUUUUGUUUAGCCCUUCCAGUGACUCUUGCCACAAGGAAAGUUUUCGGCAAACAGAAGACUAAGCUGAUCAGUAGAAGUUGGUCGGCCCCGGAUGUGGUGUGGGCCGGAAGUUGUAGUCACAUUUUGGAUCCAGCAUGGCAUCAACGAGCAAUCGGAAGCUGGAAGACCUGAGUGUGGAUGAGUUCCUGGUCUCAGGUUUUGAUUCAGGAGGCGAGGAAGACUCCGAGGAGGAAUCCCCAGUUCUGCAAAAUGGAGGGCGCAAGAAAUCUGUAAAGUCCAGUGACAGAGCGCAAGUCAACAGUGGUAAAACGAAAGGUGAGGCUUCCCAGCACAAGGACCAGCUCUCCAGGCUAAGGAACAAGGAUCCGGAGUUCUACAAGUUCUUGGAGGAGAACGACCGCUCACUGCUGAACUUCGAUGACACGGAUAGUUCUGACGAUGAGGAAGAGCGCAAGUACCACACACUGCCCGACCAACUGGAGGAGGCCAGCUCUGGUGAAGAGGUGGAAGAGGAAGAGGAAAAGGAAAAGAAGGAAGCAGUAAAGAAAUCCAAGAAAGCUUCAGCAGAAGUCAUUAAAGUGACUGAGAAAAUGGUGGAAGAAUGGAGAGCGGCCAUCAAGGAGGAGCUCACUCUCAAGAUGUUUCGGGAUAUCACCCAGGCCUUCAAGGCUGCCGUGGCAACUACGAAAGGCGAGGGGGGUGACCCGUGCCGGUAUAAGGUGGAGGACAGCUCAGUGUUCAACGCCCUGGUACUCUUCUGCAUCAGAGACAUGUUUGUGGCCCUGCAGCGGAUGCUUAACCUCAAACCACAGAAGGGCCAUAAGACGCUGGUGCUACCAUCGUCCAGCUCCAGAUGGCAGAGGAACCAGUUGGACAUCAAGAUGUAUCUGAGUGGGAUCGUUCAGCUCCUGUCUUGCCUAACAGAGUCUACGGUCAUCAGCGCGGUGCUAAAACACGCCAACCAGAUGGUUCCGUAUUACCUGUGCUUGCCCAAACAGUGCCGACACCUACUCAAGCAACUGAUCAAACAGUGGAGCACAGGCGAGGAGACGGUUCGAGUCCUGGCCUUCCUCGCGCUCAACAAGAUCUGCCGACACAAACAGGCGGCCUACCUCAACCCUGUCCUCAAGCAAAUGUACAUCGCCUACGUGAAGAACUGCAAGUUCACGUCGCCCAACGUCCUGCCCAUGAUCAACUUCAUGCAGCGGACCCUGGCGGAGAUGUACUCCAUGGACACACAGGUGUCCUACCAGCACGGAUUCAUCUACAUCCGGCAGCUGGCCAUCCACCUGCGUAACGCCAUGACCAUGAAGAAGAAGGAAACGUACCAGUCUGUGUAUAAUUGGCAGUUUGUGCACUGUCUGUUCCUAUGGUGCCGGGUGUUGGGCACCCUUCACCCCAGUGAUGUUCUGGAGCCUCUGAUCUACCCCCUGUGCCAGGUCACUGUGGGCUGCAUCAAGCUGGUGCCCACGUCACGAUACUACCCCCUGCGCAUGCACUGCGUGCGUGCCCUCACCCUGCUCUCCGACAGCACCAAGACCUUCGUUCCUGUCUUACCCUUUCUCCUGGAGAUCAUCCAGCAGGUGGAUUUUAACAAGAAGCCCGGCAGGAUGAGUUCAAAGCCCAUCAACUUUGCCGUGGUUCUGAAGCUCAGUAAUGCCAACCUGCAGGAGAAAGCCUUCAGGGACGGUCUCAUUGAGCAGCUGUAUGAUCUUCUGCUGGAGUACUUUCACACCCAAGCCAGCACUGUCGGCUUCCCUGAGCUAGCUCUACCCACCGCUAUUCAGCUGAAAGCUUUUCUGAAGGAAUGCAAAGUGGCCAAUUACUGCAAGCAGAUCCGGCAGCUCCUGGAGAAGGUGCAGGAGAACGCCGCCUUCAUCACGGCCCGCAGACAGAGGGCCGCCUUUGGGGUGGCCGACAGGACGGCGGUGGUGGCCUGGGAGAAGGAGACCGCUGCGGAGGGCACCCCUCUCACCAAGUACUACAGCCAGUGGAAGAAGCUCCGCGAGAAGGAGAUUCAGCUGGAGAUCUCCGGGAAGGAGCGGAUGGAAGAUUUGGACUUCCCCGAGAUCAAACGCCGGAAGCUACAGGAGAGGAAAGCGAACGACAAGAAAGAGUUUAAGGAUCUCUUUGAGUCUGACAGCGACUCUGGUGAUGAAAGCUUGGGCCUCAAAGUCAAAGCAGGCAAACGCAAAGGAGCCUCGGACGACGAGGACCUGGACGAUCUGUCCGACACGAGCAACGAGGAGGAGGAUGAUGAUGAAGAGGGAGAGUAUGAAGUGGAGGGAUCUUCAGGCGGUGAGGAGGAUGAUGAUGAUGAUGGUGAUGAUGAGGAGGACAAGAGGAGGAGUAAGAAGGUCAGGGCGCCCGCACAGCUGUCGCAGACGGACCUGAAGGAGCUGGCCGACGGAGACGAGGACCUAGUGGAGGAUCUGGAGCUGUCAGACGAGGACUGAACCCCCCCCCCCCCCCCGAGACCCGGGCACCCAUCCUCCCCAAAUUUCAACUGCAACCCUUUUAUUCCAGGAUUUACCAUCCUUCACUCUGUCAAACUCUCACUUUGCUUGCCCCCCCCCCCCCUCCAUUUACUGA